AUGUCUCAGGACACAAUCUCAUACGGAGCAGGGGAAAGUGCUCUUUCAAUUUUAUAUCAGCAUUACCGGUUCGUGAUUGAUGGCCCAGGACUUAUCAAAAAAGGUUAUGCUCGUUACUCAGGAGGUCUGUUUGAGAUUCCUCGUACAUUCCGAUUUGGCCAAGUAAUUUUGUGCAAGCCAGCGUUAAUUGAAGGACUCAAAAAUGCUCGAGCCGCAAUCGUCUCACCGGAUCCGUGGAUUGAUCAGGUUGUACGCAAGCAACUGGAUCGAUAUGUACCCAACAUGAAUGAGGUUAUUAUUACCCAGUUGGAAACCACGAAGCUUCAAGGCGACGAAUGUGUUGUUGGCUGUUUCGACUUUGCAUUCUCGGUUGUUGCACGUAGUGGGAGCUUCGCCAUCGUGGGGUCACGUCUUUCUCAGGACGAGGAGUAUCUGAAGGCCGUCAAAGAUCACAUCCUAGGCAUGAUCGUGGUCACCCGAGUCCAGUUUCUAAUACCUGAUUGGUUAAAGCGAUAUAUUGGCGGACUCGCAACCCGACUAGUCUCACUUGGCACUAAAUGGAAUAUGCAAGCAUCGCGUAAGAUCCUGUUGAAGCACUUUGAUGCACGGGCGUCAGAAUAUCGAGACGAGAUGAACUGUGGUAGCCACAGCAGCGAUCACCAGACCAAUUCAGAUGAGAAGGGUAGGCCGAUCGAGAUCUUCCGCUGGCUUUAUGAGGGCUGUUUGCGUCGUCAGAAAUGGAGCUAUUCUGAAGUUAUUGGAGAGCUCUUACUUCUUCAAUUUGCAUUUAUUUAUACAACUGCCUACGGAUUGUAUGUUGCCAUGGCUCAACUUGCUCGGCAUCAAGAAUAUGUCCAGCCUCUGCGUGAAGAAAUUGAAGCUAUAAUAGCCAAUAAUGGGCCCACUGCUAUAGCCUGUGAUCAAAUGAUAUUACUGGACAGUUUUUUGAAAGAAUGCCUACGGAUGCAUCCUCCUGCAGCCCUCUCUGCCCACAGAGUCUGUGUUGCCGCAUUCAAGCUUUCUAAUGGUAUAUAUCUUAGGCCUGGAACACACGUUGCGGUCCCGAGCGACUGUAUCCAUCGAUCAAGCAAGUAUUACAAGAACCCGGAGUCAUUUGAUGGCUUCCGGUUCGUAAAGAACGCAAACAAUCGGCUUGUCGACCUGAGCCCUGACUAUUUAGUCUUUGGCAUGGGUUCCCACUCAUGGUGA